CGAAACCCUGUCAAAGAUGGGGGCACUUUUUCUGAAAUCAUGGAAGAAAAUUACAUAAAACAUGGCAAAUAAAAUAAGAUUAACGAUGAUAAAACGCAAAAGUACACCUAUGGUAAAACGUCACGAAUUUAUCGCGCCAAAAUUGUGUUACUUUGAUAAAAAUAUUGAAAACACUGUUUUUGAUAAGUGAAUCGUUUUGUUUUUAACAUUCGAAUUAAACUUAUUUUUUUCUACCUUUUUGUUCAAAUCAAUAAAACAGAAAACUACCAGUUAAACUUUUACAGUAAAUAGGUGAUAACCAUAGUUUUCAACAUUGGACAUAUUCGAGUGCCAAAUACACAAGACAAAAAUUAUAUAAAAGUAAGUAGAUGUCUACAUCUAUUAUUCAAUACCUUAGUAUUUACGUUACAAACUUUCCAUAUGGUUAAACCAAUUAACAACGUAUACGACGAAAUAUUCAACUUUACUAGACUAAGUAAAAGUAACAUUGUUACUUGUUGUCUCAUAUAAUAUAACUAAAUGACUGUCCUCUUUUUAAGGCUAUUUAAGCUUCCCUGUGACACCAAUAUACCAGUAAUCUAUCUCCCCCUCAAAAGUACAUGCAAUUGCAUUACUUGGUUAUUAAAUGCGCUAACACAUUUGAAAAAUAGCAAAUAUAAUAUUGUUUUUUUUUUUAAAAAUAAAACCAAGUUAAUCAUAAUGUAUAUUAGAAUUUCGUCUAGAACAUAAACAAAUAAAUUAUUAUUAUGUUUCUAAAAAUACUACAGAUCAAAUGUUUUAAUAUUCAAUACAUUUGUAUGAAUAUUAUUAUAAUAUUAAAUAACUAUUAUUGUUAUGUUGCCAAUCUUAAAUUAGCACGCCAUAGUUCACCUUUUUUCCCCCCCAGUAUAAUUUAUAUUAUGUCCACGUGUACAUAUUAUUAUUGUUAGUUAUAUAUUUUAUAUUGUUAAAAUACAUUUACAUAUAAUAUAAUAUAUUGGUCAAAUACAAUAAUUAAAUGUGUGUUAAUUUGUUCAUUACAAGUUUAAGUUAUACAAAGUGGUUUUUACUAAAUGAUUGACCGAGGUUAAAAACAUUGUGCCAAUACUAAAGUUAAGAUAAUACAUAUUAUUUUAACAUAAUGUUUAUCACAAAAUAUAUUUGUGGAAAAGCAGUAACAUUAAUAAUAAUAUAUUAAUGAAGGCAUUUUUUCAGUUAUUCAAACAAAUACAUAUUUUCAAUAUAACUUUGUGAAAUAAUUAAAAAUAAUUUAGAAUACAAUUAUAGUAAAGGUUUAGUUGUGUAUUUUUGUUACAAUCGGAACUAUCACGAGCAAUUUGACAUUAGCAUAAAUGUUUUGCCUGCCUCAGAAAAGAAGUAUAGAAAAUAAUAAUAACACAUUUUUUCAUAUUUUUAUAAAUUAAUAAUUCAACUAUUUAAAAAAAAAUGAAUUUAGAAUAAUUUAGCUAAAUAUAUACAUGUAUAUCUAUAUACUUGACUCAAAACAGAAGGGCUCUCCAAUAGAGUCAAGUUUUUCUUCACCUAUUUUGUAUUAUAAAAACUUUUUGUAUAAUAAUAAAUAACCACAUAUUAUUAUAAUACUAUAAUGUAUUAAAGACCAAACCAAUACCUUUUUUUAAAAAUAUAUGAAAUUUGAGCACAAAACUAGUAGGAGUGGGAAUUGAAAAUUGAAACUCCCAAAAGAUACAUUCUUACUAACUACGUAUACACAAUAUUACAUUUUAUCCUCCUCGCUUCAUUUAAUAAUAUAUUAAUUCAUUAGUUCCUCUAGUUUUAAUGAAAACAUUUUACGUUACUUUUUAAUAAUAAAAUUGAAAAAUUAUUAACUUAAUAGUAUACAUCUGUAAUCAGGGAGCCAGGUCCCUAUAAUUAUCCAUAUUAAAAACAAAUUAUUUAUAAUAUUUUUUCAUAAAUAAUAUGGUUCAAUCAAGAAACUGUGUAAUAAAAUAUAAAAUAUUAUAAAUGAAGAAGUAACAACUGACUAAGUUUAUUUAAACUAGGUAAUUAUUUUUUUUGUUCUUAAUUUAAAAAUUAUAAUUCAUUCAUUAUAAUGCAUUUAACUGCAAUUAGUUUUUUUUAUUUUUAAGUUAUUAUUCAUAUAAAAUUAAAAAUUUAUGAUAUUAAGUUAAUGUAUUUUAUUUUAAUAAAUAAAUAAUCCAAUAUUAAAUUGAAUUUAAAAAAAUAUGUAUUUCCUGUAAUAAAAUUUACCAAAUACUGGUUUAUAAAAAUGUAGACAAUUACAUAGUUUACAAAGGUAAAUGGAACUAUCACAAAUAUUUCUACUCAGUUACAAAUAAUAACGUAAUAAUUAUUUACUUAAAAAUGCCUUCAUCACAUGAAUAAAAAAAUAAUAUAACAAUAAUAUUAAAGUUUGCUAAAACUGUUAACAAUUUUUAGUUUGAUCAAAGAAAAAAAAUUGAAUUCACCAUUUUAUUAAAAAAAAAAUUGUACAUCAUUAUGAUUUGCCAUAAAGUACUUAUAUUUUAUGACCUUUUAAGGCACACAACAUAUCCUUUACUUGCUAGAACUCCUCUACACUUAACGUGAGUAAGGUAUCUAAUCAUCCAUUCAAGUUUGGGUAUUUUUUGUUUUAGUUCGGUUUUGUUUCCAAAAACUUCGGCUAGGCAAGAUUGAGGUAAAAUUUCUGAAAAAUAAAAAAGCUUAUUUAUGAAUAAGUAAAUAUUAAAUAAAUACAAAUGUAUAUAGUGUGUCCCACAGUGUUCAACCAAUUUUUCUAGCUCUGUUAAUAUAUAUAUUUUUUUUAAUCAGUUUGUCUCUAAGGGGUAUAUUAAUUCGGAGAAAAAUUUAAUUUUUAAUUUUAUCCCAUAAACACAAACAAAAAGAAGUUCUUAUUUAUUCAAUUUUGGAAAUUUUAAAAAAAGUUUUUCUGUAAAAAAUAUUAUUCUAACAAUUUUAGAGUAUCACACAUUCAUAUCCUAUUAAUAGUUUUUUUUAAUUAUAGCUAUAUUAAUUUCUAGAAAAUAGGCGUGAAAACAAUUAAUAUUCAAUAGAAGGUAAAGAAUUACCGUGCUGAUUGUGAUUCCUUAUCACAUAACAUAUCAUUUUAUUUAAUAUUAAUUUUUUUCACGACUAUUUUCUAGAAAUUAUAACGGUUAUAAUUGGAUAUGAAUAUAUGAUACAUUAAAAUUUUUAGAAUAAUAUUUUUUACAGGAUAGUUAUUUUGAAAAUUGUCUAAAGUGAAUAAAUAAAGUUAUUAUUUUUUUUUUGUUUAGGAGAUGAAUAUAAAAAUUUAAUUUUUCUCCAAAUCGAUAUUCCUCUUGAAGUCAAACUCAUUAAAAAAAAAAAUCAAAAAAAAUUGUAAUAUUAACAGCGCUAGAAAAAUCUGUCAAACACAUUGUAUUACAUACUAUAAUAUUAUUAUUAUUUUAUUUUAUGUAUAUUAAACUAGUUAGUGUUAACUCUUAAGCAAAAUACAAUGAAUACGCAUAAUUUCUGCUUAACUUAAUAGUGAAAAUUGGGUACUUAAAUAUAUAUAUACAAAAAAAUAAAACAAUAUAAUAAAAGCAUAAGUAUUAAAUUAACAAUAAAUAAUGGAAGUAACCAAGAUGUUUUAAAAAUUCGGAAAACAUUAAUUUAAAUAAGUAAAUUUAAGGCAAUACAAACAUUCUGUCUGAAAACAUUGCGUGACAUAGAAAAAAAAUCAACAUGGUCUGUUAUAGUGUUCACCAAAGACUCUGGGGAAAAAUUAGGUGGAAUAAGUUGGAAUUUCUUAAUCGGUGAGUUUUUAUAUUAAAACCAAUAAGAGACAAUAAUUCCAGAGAAAAAAUCAGAUCAUUUAAUAGGUCAUAUAUAAACAUAUCCGCAAUAUUCCUCCUCAAAUAACAAGACACAAUCCUCAAUUGGGUAAUCUGCAUACUAUAUGAAUCUUUUGAAGUGGGUAUAUUUAAUUUAAAGCAUAAUAGUUUUAUAAAUUAUACUGAAACUUGUACUGACAACUGAUAACUGACAACUUAUAUAUGUACCUAUACAAUUAGUUCACUAAUAAUAUCUUUGUAAAAAAGAACUAAAAUGAUAUUUAUAAAAUUGUAACUAAAUAUUAGAUAUGCAAAUUCUUCAAUCAUAAAAAGCUGAUUAGGAAUUUAUAGCUUGGUCAAAGUAUAAUAUGUAAUGACCUGAAUGUAGACGAUUUUCUUAAUGUAAUUUAUAGUUAUAGAUAAUAGGGUUAGUUUUACACAUUUUGAUGCAUAAUUUAUAAUUUUUUAAGAGUUUAAAAAAAAAAUUAUGGAUAGGUAAAUCAAAAUAAUGAGAUCUCUAUUAAGCUUUACCAAAGUACUUUAUUUUAUUAUAACUUGACUUUUCAUUAUAAACUAUUGAAAAUAUGAGUAAUUAAUUAUUAGAUAAUAUGUAAAGCUUUAAUUUGUACAUAGCAAUAAUUAAUGUAGGUUACCUUUAGGAUCACUGUGAGUUAAUAGCUGAAUUUCGUUAUCUCUAGUGAACUCUUGAAGUGCUUCUGGUACAACACAGCAUGAGUUCAAAUUUAUUUGAACAAUUGUUGGCUUAAUCUAAAACCCAAAAUUGAUUAAUAUUUUAAUAUUUAAUAGAAAAUGAAAUAAACUUACAAUUGAGUUUUGAUACAGACUGAUGAACAAAUCUGUGUCAAUAUCACUCACACCUAUGCGCGUAAUUUUUUGUUUAUUGACGUAACCCUCAAGUACAGACCAAAGAGUUAACAAAUCAGUUAGCAAUGUGUCUUUACUAUGAUUAAAUGCUAAAAUUACGGAAUCAACCACUUCUUCAUUUAAUUCUUGAAAGACUAAAAACAAUAAAUUAAUAUCUACUAAAUAAACAAAUUAAGUACUUAAUACAAUCAAGGUAAUGAAUCUUACGUUUUUUUAAUGAAUCUUCUAAAACAUCAACCGCAUUUGUGGUAAGAAAAAUUUUAACACUUGUUCUAAGAGCUAUGUAUUCUUCUUCAUUACCGUUGUUGUAACACUCAUCACAUUUUAAAUGUAUAGUUUUUUCAUUCAAUGCAAAUGGCGAUGGAUACUUUGACAGGCAAAUAUUCAAACAUUCAACUACCUAAAAUUUAGAUAUAAUAAGUAAAUCAUAUUACUUACCUAGCUGUCUUCAGAAAAAAAAAAAAUCUUACCUCUUGAGUUGCAUUUUGCCCUGCUUUUUGUGUCAGUUCAUUGGCGUUCAGUACAUUACCAGUGUGAAUGUAAAUUUUUGUAACAGUUUUUGGAAUAUCGUAUGGCAUUAUAAAAUCACUGUCACUGUAAAUAGUAGAGUUAUAAUUUUUCAAUAGUUAUUGGUUUUGAUCGAUUCUAAUGAUAUACUACUAGUAAUGCUUAAUGUAUAAAUUACCUAAUGUAAACCAAUUCGAGCAAAACGAAAUUAAUUGUUGGGUGCCUAGACGGUCGUCGUCUUCUUCGUAUGCGCACGCCACAAACAAUACAAUUUAAAUAGUAAAGGAAUAUGAAGAAACUAGACCGAGAAAAAAAAAAAUCAUUAACCGUGGUCCCAAUAGAACGGUUUGCGUUAUCAAUUUCAAGGUCGUCCGCAUAGAAAUGUACACCGUAAUCCGUAUUACCGUAGUAACUGUUGGGCAACAAGGACUAAGGAGGUGCGGGUUUCCGUCGACCGUCCAAUCACACGGAUACGGUAAAUUAUUAUUUUACAUAAAUCAAGGUGAUAUAAAAUUUUAUUGCUGUUGUAUCAAUUUGUAUAAUCGCGAAAAAUACAUGCAAACGAAAUAUGCAUAGUGAAUAAAAAUAAUUCAAAAUUAUAACUUGCGCAAGAUAUUUGAUACUACUAUAAACAUUAUUUACGUAUUAGGCGAUAAGAUUACACGGGAGGCGCGUGCUCGACGUAUCUACUCGCUUAUCUUUAAGUAUUAACCCGUUGUUGUAUGCCCGUGUUCGUACACCGCGCGCCGCUCGCCGUCACUGUUUUUCGCGUUGCGUAAUAAUAGCAGAGAUUUAUUAUAAUUACCUAUAGGUAAUUUUUAUUAUUAUAUUCGUUAUCAGAAUAUCAAUAUUAUUAUUGUCACGAUGCCUGUGGAUUACAUCGGAUUCGCGUACGCCGCAACGGUGGCCGCCGGAGGGAUCAUCGGCUAUGCCAAAGCAGGUACGCAUAAUCGUAAUAUUAAUUAUAUUUUUAUGUAGCAUUUAAAUUAAAAUCUAGUCGCGAAGUUUAUGUAUUAACGUAAUAAUUAGCGGCGCAAGAGAAAGGAGGUAGAUCUGGUAUUUAGUAGAAUCGGAUGAGGUUGAUUCAAGCAACAGGAUAGUACUGUGGUGGAUUUAAGUUUGGGGGCGGGGUGGAGAGUCCGGGGAAUCUGGACCCCACAGACAUUGAUAUAAUUUCAAUAAAAUGUUUUAAAGAAAACCAAUAAUAUUACUAUGUACCUUAGAACAAUUUUGAAAAAUCAGCCAUUUGGAUAGUGUGUUGUGUGAUAAGAAAGUAGUAUCAUAAAAAGGACAAUAGGGUAAUUUGUUACAAAACGAUUUUGUAUGAUGUGCGGAUUUGAGUAUUGCGUAAUGGUGAUGGAUAUAAAAAGAUAUAUAGUGUAGAAAAGAAUACUUAGUUGAGCUAAGAAGAUGAAAAAAUAAAAGAUAUUAUAUAUUGAUGCUAAAUUCAUUAAUGACAAAUUUAACAAAAUUUAAAAUAAUUACCUAGGUAUGUAUGUAUUUUGGUUUCAGCCAGCAUCCCAAGUCUGUCAGCGGGUCUUGUCUUUGGAUCGUUAUUAGGGUAUGGAGCAUACCAAACGACAAAGAAUCCCAACAACUUGGCACUUUCAUUAGGUACGAGUGUUGUUCUGGGAGGAAUAAUGGGCAUGCGGUAUUUAAACACCGGCAAAAUCAUGCCGGCUGGUAUAUUAGCAGCGUUAAGGUAUUUAUGAUUAUGACUACUUACAUUUUUUAAAUUUUUGUUAUCAUGUUGAUAUGUACCUAUUCUACAUUGUUCAUCUUUUUCUUGUGUUACACGUUUAGCACGUACUCAGAUAACACCUCAUUCUAAUUUUAGUUGUACCAUAACAACAACAUUAAAAACAAAUACUCGAUAAAUAGACGGGUGUGUAACACCAACGUUUUUACUGCUUACGUAAUAAUAACUAUACUGGGUUUGUGAGUUAGAAAGUUUUUUCUUUAUUAUUAUUUAGGUACCCAAUAGCUUUGCAAAAUUAAUUAUUUUUGCUGAGGUUGAUUAUAUUUUAUGUUUUUCGACAAAUAAAUCUAAUGUAUUUUUUAAUUUUUAAUUUUUUUUUGUACAUAAACAAAAUAGAAUCAAUUUAUUUCAUACAUUUUGGAUAACAAGAAAAUUAAAGUAUACGUUACUAGAGGAAGUUUUAGACAUUAUGAUAUUUAAUAAAACUAAUUUUUUUUUCACAAAUACAGUAUAGCUCUUUCAGGUCCUAUGGUUAACAUUUUUAAAUGAAAUCCAUGGUUAUAACAUUUUACUUAAUUCUAUAAUGACUAAUAUUUAAAACUGCUUGAAACAAUUUUGUGUAAACUACAUGUACCUAGAUCCCAGAUGCUAUGAGAGUGGUUAAUUGAUAUAGCAGCAAUUUUCUGUUGAAACUUUCCCCUCCGCUUUUAUGUUCGAAAUUGAAUUUAUACAAAGUUAUAAAAUGUAAAAUUUUAUAUAAAGCAAAAUGUAAUUAUUUUAUAAGAAUUCAAUUUCACACGUAAAAAAAAGAUUGAUAUACUUUGCAUGAUGGGUGGGCCACUGUUGUUGGUGAGAAGUUGAGAAGGUAGGAUAUAAAGGGGAACUUAAUUUAUAUUCAUCAAUGAUUAAUCCUUGUUAACAAAAAACGAUUCUGAGCAGGGUUCAGUUUAAAAUGUUUAGAAAACAUGUAAUAUUUAAAAUUGUCAAAAUUUGGUACUAACUAAUUAUAAAAAAAAAUUUACAUGUCACUCAAUUUUUUUUCACCAUAAAAUACGACUUAUAAUGAACCUCCUGUUAAAUUUUUAAGCAUUUCUGUUUGGUCUAACAAUUUUAUCCAUGUAGUACCUACCGAAUAAAUAUUACAUACAAAUCUAGCAAAAUUAAAAUGUCUAUAAAUAGCUCAAAACUGGCUAAAAUAUUUUUAAAAUUUUACCACUUUAUAAAAAAAAUAUAUAUUUUUUCUGUCCAAAUUUUAAGUUGACGUAUAUUUGUAAUUAAAUAACAAAAAAAAAAAAUUGUACAUUUUUCAGUUUUCCUACGUUUUCCCUGGGUUUCCCAAUUAUUAUGAAAACUGCUUGGAAAAUCAACAAAUAAUCAGUUGAUAUAUAGGAGCAAGAUUUUCGGUAGAAAAGUUGUUUACAAAUAUUAAAAAAAGUAAUUAUAAUAAACAUUGUAAAACUAAAUUUCUUUCUUUGCUUAGAACAUAAAAUAAGGUUGGAACAUUUUGGAAGAAAAAUGGGUGCUACAUCAAUUGGCCACUCUUAUUAUCUUAGCUCUCUAGUCUAUAAACAAUAUAUACCUAUAUAUUAUGUAGUCAUAAUAAAUUAAAUAAAUAAUUUUGAACUGAUAACCAUAAAAAAUAUCAAACAGUUUUGUAAGAACUUAACUACAAUUAUUAGUUUAGCAUUUUAGAAAAAUGUCUUUACUUGUAUAAAGUUUUUUUUCCAAACAUAAAUGUUAUCAAUCUAUUUAAUAAAUUUUCAAUUUAUGAUAAGUUAAGUGUUUAAUAGUGUUGACAACAUAACAAAUGCCUUGUUACAAUAUUUAAACAAUAGUUACAUUAUAUUAUCUUAAUAUUCUACAUACUGUUCAAAUAAAUGACUACACCCGAACGACCAAUAAAAACAUUAAGUUUUGAUUCAUUUUUUUUGUUUAGCUUUGCUAUGGUGAUCAGACUGGGUGCUAGGCAAGUUAUUGUAUGGUCGGCAAAAAACGAGUAGACAAUCCUGGAGAAACCGUUGAAGAAAUAACACAAACAUCACUUCAAAACGAUACCAAUGAGCAAAACAUCACACUUAAAUGAAUGCGAGAGGUCAAUUAUGUACAAAAAUGAUAAAAAUAAUAUUUUAAAAAUUGCUCCAAUCACAGUUUUUAAAGCCCUCUUAAUUUUGUUGCUCCAGGAUUAAGUUUGAGCUCUUAUAGUUAAGGUUCUUGGCAUUCAAUUUUAGUAAUGCCAGAAUAAUUAAAAUUAAUAUAAUUAUAGUUCGAUUGUAAUAUAUAUUAUCUUAUUUUUAGUGGUUUGGAAACUUUUUGUUCUUAUUAAUAUUAUAGAAUGAGGAUUUUUUGUAAAAUAUUUUUAUAAAUAAAAAAAAAAAAACAAAUAAACCAUAACACACAUCUAACUUAUUUUUCUUUUAUUUUUGUAUGUACAUUUUUGUUACUUAAUAUGUCUUAAUCAGCUAAAAAUAAAAUACAGGUAGAAGAUGUGUUUAUCUCCUAAUAAGGUACUUAUUUUGUAAGUAUAAUAAUCUUAUAUAAUAAAGCAAAAUAAACAAAACAAAAUUUUGAAUCGCAUACAUUUUUCCGUAGUUUCAAAAUCUUUUUUAGUCCAGUUUUAUCCUAGAGUUUUUUCAAGGAACAAUUAUCGAAUAGGAUAAAAAAAGAUUUCAAAACAAACGCGACUUCUAAACAUUUAUAAUAUUAUGAGUAUAUCAAAACUAUAGACUGAUAUGAAUUCAUUAAUCACACAAUGGUUUAGCAAAUUUAAUUUUUCUUUAAACGCGCACAUCUAAUAAAUACCUAAUAAUAUAAUAUAUAUUUUUUUAAAAAAACUAUAUAUAUAUAUAUAUAUACACAUGAUACAGUAUAUGAAAAUAUAUUUUUCGAAUACUUUUUCGACAAGGUACUCUUAUAAAAACGCGAACAAAUACAAAAAAAGUGUUUAUAAUUUUAAUUUAUAUAUUUUUGUAAUCAUAUAUAAUUCGAUUAUUUAACGAGUAUAAGUACAUAAUAAUAAUAUUUAUAUAGGCAUAACGAGGCAUAAAUAAUAAUAAUAAUAAUAGACUAAUCUCACAGAGAUUGUAUAGGUAAAGGGAUUUUUUUUUCUUUCAAUUAUUUAAAUAUAACAUAAUAAUGCAAUUAUUAUAUUAUUGUAAAUCGUUGUUUCGGGUUGGUGGGUGUGAUGGGUGUGUCAACGGACGUACCGCUCAGCCAAACUGCAACCGCAGCAGCUGUUGCUGUUGAAUAGGAGGAUCUGCGUUAUUCAAACUGCCACCGUUACACAUGUACUUGACGGCGGCACAACAGUUGUCCCGGAUGUACGGGUUUGAACAGUGUCCCAUGCCGUACCUAGUCAGGUAGUCGUAACAGGAUACUGCUCCCAACAUGUCCACGGCCCCGGUCUUGUCCACGCACUCGUCAGCUGUAGGCACAUAAUAUUUAUACACGAGAAUAAGAGACGAGGAAAUGUGACAAAUCUGCAGACUUAUUUAGAUGAUAUAUACAGUGCUUGAAUUGGGGGAGGGAGCUGAGUAUCUUAUA